CUAAAAUUGUGGUUAUAAAUACAAGACAACUGGAGAGGACAAGAAUCAUCCAACAUUGCAGAACACAGCUUCUUCGCUUUCCAAACCAAACCAAGAAAAAUGGAGAUGGUGACGAGUUUUGUAUAUCCACCGCCUCCGUCGAUACUGCUCAACACCAUGAGCGUCGUGGGUUUAGUCUCUCUGGCGAAGGUCGGUUGGUCGGAAGUGAGAGGGAUUCAUCUGAAAUACUCAAAAUUCAACAACAACAACAAAACAUCAUCGUCAUCAUCAUCACCACAACCACAGAAACUUCCUCUCGGCAGCUUCUCCAGCCGAACCGGAAUGCUUUUGCUAUACACACCCGCCUUCCUAGCCGCUGCUUCUUCUUUCUUCGUCUUACCUUCUGACGAUCUCAGGUUUCUUCUCCUCAAAUCCGCACUUGCCCUCCAUUUCUUCAAGCGCAUCUUCGAGGUUCUGUUCAUUCACAAGUAUAGUGGAGAGAUGGCUAUAGACUCAGCUCUCACCAUAACCACCAGCUACUUCUCAUCCACGGCGUUGCUGUUAUACAGCCAAAACUUCACGCUAGGACUACCCGAGCCAGGUUUCGAUCUGAAACCCCUCGGGAUUGUGAUGUUUGUGGUGGGGAUCGUUGGGAAUCUGUAUCACCAUGUUUUGCUAGCUAAGCUAAGGAACGAAGAUGGAACUAAAGAGUACAAGAUACCUAAAGGUGGUCUGUUCGAGACAAUCAUAUGCCCUCACUAUCUGUUCGAGAUCCUUGUGUUUUGGAGCUUCUUUAUGGUUUCUCAGACCAUUUACUCGUUUUCUUUCGCCAUGGGAACUACUUUCUAUCUUGUUGGUCGGAGCUAUGCUACGAGGAGUUGGUAUCUUUCUAAGUUCGAUGACUUCCCUAAGCACAUCAAGGCUCUGAUUCCCUUUGUGUUCUAGAGAAUAAUUAUUUCUGCUAUCAAACGUCUUUUUCUUUCACUUUGAAUUGUAGAAAACGGAUUUUAAUGUUUAUGAGGAGUAUAAUCUUCAUAAAACUUGUCUUAUUUAAGUCUGUUUUUAAUAGGUUUAAAGUAGAUGAAUUUAUAGUUUUUAAUA